CUGGAAACGCGAGUGGGGAUGGUAGGUGGCUUGGACCCGCCGGGCCGCCGUCGUUUCCAGAAAGGGUUUGACCGGCGGAACCUCUGGAGCAGCUGUUGGCUGGCUCCUCUAGCUGAUGGCAUGUUGAGGCAUAUAAGUCAGCAGCAACGAGGGCAUCUCAUCCUGAGGGGGCCACUCUAGAGUCCAGGCCACCAGCACCAUGGGCCAGUGUGUCACCAAAUGUAAGAAUCCCUCGUCAACCUUGGGCAGCAAGAAUGGAGACCGUGACCCCAGCAGCAAAUCACACAGCCGGCGGAGCGCAGGCCACCGUGAGGAACAAGUGCCAGCUUGUGGCAAGCCAGGUGGGGAUAUUCUCGUUAAUGGGACCAAGAAAACGGACGCUGCCACCGAGGCCUUCCAGCUGCCAACAUCCUCAGGAGACGCUGGGAGGGAGCCAAAGUCCAAGGCCGAGGAGUCUUCCUUGCAGAGGUUGGAAGAACUAUUCAGGCGCUACAAGGACGAGCGGGAGGAUGCAAUUUUGGAGGAAGGCAUGGAGCGCUUUUGCAAUGACCUGUGUGUCGACCCCACAGAAUUUCGAGUGCUGCUCUUGGCUUGGAAGUUCCAGGCUGCUACCAUGUGCAAAUUCACCAGGAAAGAGUUUUUUGAUGGCUGCAAAGCAAUAAGUGCAGACAGCAUUGAUGGGAUUUGUGCGCGGUUCCCCAGCCUCUUAAUUGAAGCCAAACAAGAGGACAGAUUCAAGGAUCUUUACCGGUUUACAUUUCAGUUUGGCCUGGACUCGGAAGAAGGGCAGCGGUCGCUGCAUCGGGAAAUAGCCAUUGCCCUGUGGAAACUAGUCUUUACCCAGAACAAUCCUCCCGUUUUGGACCAGUGGCUACACUUCCUCACAGAGAACCCCUCGGGGAUCAAGGGCAUCUCCCGGGACACUUGGAACAUGUUCCUUAACUUCACUCAGGUGAUUGGCCCCGACCUCAGCAACUACAGCGAAGACGAGGCCUGGCCAAGUCUCUUUGAUACCUUUGUGGAGUGGGAAAUGGAGCGGAGGAAAAGAGAAGAGGAAGGGAGUGGUGUGUUCAGCUCAGGGCCCCAGGGCUUGUGUCCUGAGGGGCAGACUUAGCGGCUCCGCAAGGAGCAACACCAAGGAUCUGUCCGCUGCCCUGCAGCCAACGGAGGAGUUAGACUUUUCUGGAAAUUACUGAAGAUCCGGAUAUUUUCUACUUUACACCUUUCUCUGCCUUGUAUCUGAAAGGGCUCUAAAAUGCUGUAUCAUGUUUUAGGCACUUUCUUCAUUUUGGUUAUUUUGGUUAUUUCUUUCAUUUGGGGGGGUACCCCAAAAUAUUUGAACCUGGCUACAUGUUGUGUAUCGUUUUUUGAAGCCUUCAGAUAGGAGAAGCCUGCCAUUUCUUGCACAAAUUAGAUUUGGGGGUGUGGGGGGCUAGAGUGCAGAGCAGGAUGGGGUCUGGGACAGUUAGGUUGAAUGAACAAAAAAAACGACCCAGUGCCAGGUCUGUUUUGCAUAUUUUGUUUUUCAGGGCAGGUCUGUACUUUGUGUAGUGCUGUUUACAUGGUUGAAUUUAGGUUGUAAUAAUUCUUUUUAAAGAUUUACGCCAAGUUGAAUUGCAGUGUUAACUGUUAACCACAUUGCAUUAAUUCCCAGACAGUUCAAAGCCCUGGGGGAGCUUUUGCCGUCUGUUGACACCCACCUUCAAGCUAAUUUAUCGGAAACCCUCCUUUCCCUCACUUCUUGCUCAUUCCUUCAUUGAUCUAUUGCAUUUCAUGUUGCGUUUACCCACCAACAUGCUGCCCCCGCCAGGCAAGUGAGCAGUUAUUUGUUUAAGCGCACCAUACUGAGAACCACUGAAGCAUCGCAUGCAGAGAAGCAGUGCUACCUCAGUUUUGCUGGAAGUAGACCUCUCUGGUAGUUUUUGUUCUUUGUUGAAGUUUCUGUGUUUUCAUGUUGUAAGUGGAAAUACUUUCUUCUCCUGCUUUUUUAAUUUGACAUGGAGCCAAAGUUCCUGUUCCUGGUGGUUGGAAAACUCUGCCUGCCGGCCAGCUGACUUAAAAAAAAACUGUGGUAUGGAGCUCUGCUUGAAAUUUUGUAUUGUUAUUUUGUUAAUUUUUUUUCUUUGAAUAUCAUUAGCUUACUUGUCUGGCAAGUGAAGAAGCCUGGGGCUGGCCUGAGCUCUGCCAAGCCAACAUACGACGUGUAUUUAAUAGUUGACCGUGUGCCCUCUCCCCUCUUGCUGCACCCAUGUUGUCACCGAAGCCCCAGGAGUUAUUUAUUACCUGUUCUGUUAAAGUCAGGCUCACUGGGGGUAAUGUGAUGACUGUUUAGGUUUACAUGACCCUCCUCUCCUCCCUGCCCCCAAAUAUGCAUAUAUACAUAUAUGUAUAUAUUUUACCUAUAUAAAAUAUAUAUACACACAUAUAUGUAUUGAUAGUCAAUUGUUUCUUUGCCUGCUAAAACUGGCCGUAAAAGAGGGAGCUGCCUUCAGUAUAUGACAGUGGAAGGUGAGCACCAGGGAACACGAGGAUGAAGGAGGCUUUUGAAUCUGAAUUUGGACCAUUUUCACUUAGCCUUUCCUUUUAAGAUAGAGUGCCCCAAACUCCUUCACGCACCGGCUCCGCAAGGCCAACGUUGGCCAGACUGCCACACAGGGACCCGAGGAGCUGAUUCUGGCCCACACCUAGUUUCAGUAGUGGAGUCUCUUGCUGUUUUUCAGUUUUACAAAAUAUGUCUUCUAGAAGCUGUGCCAAUUGGCAGGAACUUACACAGUUCAGCUUCCGACACUUGGAAACACAUUGAAAAGGGAAUCUUUUAAAUAAACUCUUAAAAGAAUAUUUAUACUCCGGGGGCAGUGAGAAUUUGUCAUUUGGAGUUUGCUCUCCUAAUCCCGCCUUACCCCAAGUAGGUGUUUACAUCUUGAGCAGGAACUGCUUGUCUUCAUUCUUUUAUGCUUACACCUUUGGGCCUCCGUUGUUGCAAAGAUGAUUGGGGAUGUUGCUGCGGUGUUUCUCUAAAAUUGACAUUAACAGAGAAUGUCCUGGAACUUGGUUUUUUGAGGAGUAGAUGCUGUUAGAAGCUGAAGAGAGUCUUAGGCCGGGUGCCUGCUUUGUUGUCACUGAAUCAGUCCUGCCUAUGUAAGAGUCUCUUGGGGCCCAAGCAGGUCUGACCUCCGCUGUAGUAGUCGUGUUAGGCUAAGGUCUUAAAAGAGACCUCCUCCUCCCGUAACCAUCUGCACCCCGGUUCUUCUCCAUUCUAGAAUGGCCGGAGGUUGGCUGAGGGGAAGACAGGCUGUUCCUACUAGAGAAGGUCCUUUCUGACCCAGGUCUGAAGGAUGUACAGGGGGAAAGUACACGAGAUGGAGGAUGCCGAAGGGACUGGAUUCCUCCCAGCCUAUCAGAAGGCAUUCCAUGCAUUAAAAUCCAUAGAUUUGACUCACAGUAACCCUAUAAGACCGAGUAGUUCUGCCCCGCAGUGUUUCCAAGGCUAAUAUUUACAGGAACAGACAACCACAUCUUUCUACUGAGGAGCAGGAUUGGUGGCUUUGAACCACAGACCUUUCAUUAAUACCUAACUGCGUCGCCAACAAGACUCCUUCGUUCUGUAUAUUAGGUGGACUAUAUAGUAGGUAGAUCUUUUGUUUUUAAGCUAUUAACACACACACACACACACAAGCUGCCCCCAACCAAGUGUUGAGUCCAUUCUGACUCCUGGCCAGUGUCAGAGUAGAACUGUGCUCCAGUUUUCAGGGCUGCUUUUUCUAAUGUAGACCAAGUCAACGCUAAGUGGACUGAGCUUCCCACCUUUUAAGCAGCAGCCAAGCACCUUUGCACCCCCCAAGGACUCCCUUCCCAGCCACGGAGCCAUUCAAAAGAACACGUUUUGAUGUUUUUAAUGAUCCAUUGGUGAAACGCAUCUGGAGAAGUCAGAACGGGAGCUGGUCAGACAGAAACACUCUUCGUUUGGUUCCCUGAUGCUCACCCACCACCCAGGCGUGCCAGUUUCUGCAGUAGCUCUGGGCCAAAGCACGGAGUUUUCGUGGCCAAGGAAAUGCAGACGCUUUUCAGCAAAGGGAUCCGAGGUGAGGUGUGUGUAGUAUUUUCAGUUAAGCUUCUGGCAAUAAAAUGCCCUGUUCCUCGGAACCUAAGGCAGGUUUUGUUCUUAACGGAGCAGUAAUUCUGUGGAAGAAGCCAAAGGCACACCCCUCGGGCGAGUCCUACACCCUUCACACUGGCAGUGAGACUCCAGAGUGGUGUGGGGAUGCGGGAAGUUUAAAAGCCAACAUCUGAAGGAUACCUCAACAAAUAGAAUGUGUGUUGGGAAAUUGCUUGGUUUGGGGCAAAUGGUUUUGUGAGCUGUUAUUUUCUCUAGCAAUUUAUUAGAAAGCUGGUAUGAGAUGAAGCGUUGCUUCAUUGACUCGCUUUCCCCCACCCUGCCAACUCUGAAUGUAUCGCUUUUAACUGCACCCCUUGUACUGGCUCUGCAUUGCUUCAGCUGGUUGCCCCAGUAGCUGCCCUCUCAUGGCUGCCAGAUAUGGCUAUAUUCUAAGUUAGGUCCAAAGCCCAUGCCUACCCUUCUGACAAGGAAAAAAACCUAGAACUGAAUAAAGAUCUCUGCUUGCUUGACCAAGGCCCCAGGUCCAAGGAAGUCCCAUUGGGAAGGUCCCAUGUUAAACUUCCCCCAGGAAACCUUGAACUAGCCCUGGCGAGAAAGAAUUCAACAGCACGGUAUGAAGUGAUCUCUGGAACAGUGCUGAUCUGAUCUCCCAGGGCCUGGUGUCCACAGUCAGUCCUCAGUGCCAGAGGCUGCAGCGGAGGAGACUCCACAGUGGAUUGGAUGACCUUGGUGUACUAUGCCAAAUUAUGGUAAACCCUGGGGGGAGCUGUGGGGGAAGGACUUGUCUAAAAGAAGAACAUCUUUCAGUUUGCCAUCCUUAGUGUUAGGGGAAGGAAGUCCUAAGGCGGCCCCAAUAAAGGGAGGGCUGGAAGGAAGCUGCUGCUGUCUGGGAUGUGGUUUUGUUGCCUGCUUUGCCAUUUUCCCUCCGUUUCUGUUUGAUUAGCGAUUACUUGAACAUUUGGUAACUGACAAAGGUCUUCCUUAAGGGCAUCCAGCAGCCUCCUUUAAACAGCUGACGAGGCAAUUCUGUUUUACAGUUGAAGGGUGUUACUUGGAACUCAGCUGAGGACAUGCCAACACUGAUGCUCCAUUUCUGCUGUGGGUCAAAUGGAGGAGUCCCCAAUCCCCUUCAGAGUUUAUUCCCAUGGUAAUAUAUAAUACGUAAUUCUUAGGAGAAUAAAAAAAAAGUUGGUGGAAAAUUGAAUCAAAAGAUAAGGGAACUUUUCCAUAAACUUUUUGCUCUUAUAUUCACUUUAGCAUGAACCAGGAGUAUGUCUUUUUGAGGCUCAGCAGUGUUUUUCCCCCCUUUUGAAAUGAAACAAGAUGGUAGAAGCCAAGAUAGUUGCAAUGGGUUCUGCGUAAGGUGCUAGGGCAUCUCGUCCUCAUUUCCCUUCCUGAAACCCCAGGCUGCACUCACACCCAGUUCUACUACCCACCAUCCCUCCCACCUACUUUCAACACAAAUCGUGGAUAUUGCCAAAGGAAGCCAUUCAGCAGCUGCAGUGGGUUUCCCACCCCCAAUACUCGUUACUUGCUCUGGGAGGAGUUUUCCUCAGACCCUGGUCCUCAGGCCCCUGCAUCUGUGAUUUAAUUGUUCUUACCUGUUGCACUAAAGAAUCUGAUUCUAGGUUUCAAAGGGGAAUUUGAAGCAAUAGGCAAAUGGGGCUUGGAUGAAUUGGUCCUACAGAUACCCUGCCUUAACCCGCUGAGGUGAUGAGUCCACACUACUCACGUGACCCUCCACCUUUGUGGAUCCUCCUGGUUUGUGACCAGCGUGUCAGUUUCUCGAGGUUGUACAAAGUUGUUGACAGAAGUCAAUACUUUUGUUUGUAUUCUCUGCAUUGUUGCACUCUCCAAAUGGCCCUUUAAAUAUUUUUAUUAACUUGUUACACACAUUUUUUUUGGUCUUUGAUGUCUACAUAUUUUCUUUCGAUGUUUUUUAAUUUGGAAAGUUACCUGCUGUUGGAUUUAAUAAAUUUGUUUACUUGA